AUGGCGAUGAUGAACAAUGGAGAUCUCUUCGUGAAGAUGACCAAGAUCUUGUUGAUGGCCAACCAUGCCGUGGUCAAUUUGACGAAAGACGGUGAGUUUAAAUUUAUGUUUACUGGUGUUUAAAAUACGUUAUGAACAAUUCUUCUUUAUAUCUAAAUGUUUUAAAAAACUUAUAAAUUUAAAAGUGGCAGGCUGCGCCCGAACUUUGUCAAAUAUCCAACCUUGUUAUUUUUUAUAAAGUUAUUGUUAAAAAGAAGGCUUGUAGCUUACUACGACACCAAUGAUUGCAUGAAAUUUCAUUUUGUCCCAAGAUUUAACGGUUUUUCGAAUCGGCAGGCUGCGCCCUGGCUUCAACUUGAAAAUUUGUAGGAUUGAAAUAAAAAAUGAAGAAUAAGCUGCUUGAGCGUAAAUAAAUGCCUAAAAAAUUAUUCGAAAUCAAAAUUGAGACUUCAUCUGAAGUGGCGAGUCGCGCCCAGGCUUUCUUCGAAUUGCUGGAAUUUAAUGUAAAAUUGGUAAAAUAAUUAAGUAGAGUCUCAAAAAAGCCUCGAAAAAUAAAUGUGAAGAUGUAAAAAGUGAUUUAUUUGUUGUAUUUUACGAAUAUGCAGUUGGCGAACUGCGCCCUGACUUGUCUCUGAAUUUUGAAUUUUUUGGGGAUUUGAUGGUAAAAUACGAAAGAGGUGAAUAUUUACAUUUUUUUCGUUGUAAAUGAGCCGUCUACAAACCCCAUUUCCUAUGGCAAAAAUGUUGUUUUUGUUUUUAUCAAUUUAUUUACCCCCGAAAUUUCGAUAAUUGGACUUUGUGGGCGAGGAGGACAAGAUCCCCUCCCCGACUCAUUAAAGUUUCAUUCCGCGCCCAAUGUUUCUAAAAAUGACCAAUUCCGGUGGCGUGUGAAACUUUGCACCCUCCGGGCUUUAUCGCCCAUAAUAUCCGGCGGGGAUUAUUUUCAUAUCUUUGCACGCAAUAAGGUCUUUAACAUUGGCUUGUAAGGCUCAUUCUGGCUGAUUUUUAAUUUUUUUGACACAGGAUUUUUUUUUACUUUUAGAAUUUUUUUUAUUAAAAAAAUUUUUUUUUAAUUAUGCAAAUUUUUGAAAUAUCAAAAAAAUUGUUUUAAGAUCGUAUUUUAUAUAGAAAACAAUUUUUUCCCCUCAAAAAUAGUGAAAAAAUCUAAUUUUUUCACGAUUUUCGGCCGAAUCCAGCCAUUUUUUUCCGACCCUAAAUUAAAGUCCAAACGUUGACCCAAUUCGGAAAGUUUGGGAAAAAUUGCAUUUCAUGAUUUACCGCCCUCCUCUUUUCUCUCGGAUAUUUAUAGUCGGAAAAAACAAGAUAAGCUUCUCCAAAAUACCCCCAGGGGAAUUGCCGACCAGAAAACUUGGAAUGACAGUUUUUUGCCGCAGCCAUUGGCAUCAUCACAAGAUGGAAAUGAGACUGUCAAAGAGAGUGAAUUUGCAUACUUUAUCGCAUCUUUUGAAUUUUUAAAAGAAGGAAGUAAAAGUUGGGAUUUUUUUGGGAUUGUUAGAAUUUUUUGAGGAGAAAAUAGAAAGGGUGAGGGAAAAUGGAAACAAGAUUCCGGUCAAAGUACUAUUUACAAAAUUUAGGCAUUGAAAAGGCUUUGAGAUUGAAAAAAAGUUCCAAAAAAGUUCGAUUUUCACCAUUUUUUUUACCAAAACCUGAUGUGAAAACUUGACCAAAACAAUGUAUUGAAGUCUCUACUACAAUUUACAAAUGAUUUCCUUUACUAAAAAGUCCGAUUUUCGGCAUAAAACCCUCCAAAAAGUCUUCUGGAGGUAUGGGGAAUUGAACCCCAGCCCUCUCGCAUGCUAAGCGAGCGCUCUACCCCUGAGCUAUACCCCCACGGCCGGAAAGGCAUUCGGAACUCGGGGUGAUCUUUGGCGCAGGGGCUGGGGAAUGGUCGGAGGGCAUUUUACAGUGGCGGUCAAAAAAAACGGCCACCCCAAGAUGAUGCGCUCUAACGCAGAAGAGAGUGGUCGUAGGAAGAUAAAUAUGGUAUCAUUGUAAAGCUUACGGAAUACUAAGACGUGCGACUAUACGCUUGUGGUACUGUAGUACUGGCCUAGCACGUACUGGAGCAAGAUGUUGUUUUGGCCUGGUCAAAAAAAAUGGCCACCCAUAAUUAUUUUGCUUUAAACGCGGUGUAUGUUAGAAAUUGCCGCCAUAUGGGACUGGACUAGGAUAGCUAUAUCAAUACACACCAAUUCCAGUAUUUUUUACUUUGUAUAUAUGCCCUCAGGCAUCAGUCAAGGUUGAUGACCUUGUUCAUGAUUAAGGCCCGGCCAAAUUUUUUUUUGGGUUUGUGCCGUUGUUUUGAUAAUCCAAAGCAAUACUGUAGACGGUAUUGAUCGUAUUCGUGUGUAAGACUGCCCACUUUUGCCAAAAUUGCGCCUCUUUUGAUAAGAAAACUCAAAAAAUGAAAUAUUUUGACCUAAUUUUCUCCAAAAAUCCGUUUUGGAGGCUGCUAAACAAUGAAUGUAGAACCUUAAACAAGUUUUAUUUGUACAAGAACAUCAUGGACAUUUGUUUUAACACGGCACCGAUUAAAGGAAACGACCGCCCGAAACGACAGAUACCGUUUUGUUACAGCUUUCGACUUCAUGAAGUAAUCAUGAAUUUUGUCCGGUUCCGAAACCUCGUUGAAUAGAAAUUAGAAUAUAGUAUAGAAUUUUUGGUGUAGUUGAGAUACCACUUAAUCAUUUAACGAUAAAUAUGAGCCCCUAAAGCGAAAAUUCGGGUUGCAGACCUUGACAAAGUUUAUGACUAUUUCCUGAAGUCGAAAACUGUAACAAAACGGUAUCUGUCGUUUCGGGCGGUCGUUUCCUUUAAUCGGUGCCGUGUUAAAACAAAUGUCCAUGAUGUUCUUGUACAAAUAAAACUUGUUUAAGGUUCUACAUUCAUUGUUUAGCAGCCUCCAAAACGGAUUUUUGGAGAAAAUUAGGUCAAAAUAUUUCAUUUUUUGAGUUUUCUUAUCAAAAGAGGCGCAAUUUUGGCAAAAGUGGGCAGUCUUACACACGAAUACGAUCAAUACCGUCUACAGUAUUGCUUUGGAUUAUCAAAACAACGGCACAAACCCAAAAAAAAAUUUGGCCGGGCCUUAACCAUGAACAAGGUCAUCAACCUUGACUGAUGCCUGAGGGCAUAUAUACAAAGUAAAAAAUACUGGAAUUGGUGUGUAUUGAUAUAGCUAUCCUAGUCCAGUCCCAUAUGGCGGCAAUUUCUAACAUACACCGCGUUUAAAGCAAAAUAAUUAUGGGUGGCCAUUUUUUUUGACCAGGCCAAAACAACAUCUUGCUCCAGUACGUGCUAGGUCAGUACUACAGUACCACAAGCGUAUAGUCACACGUCUUAGUAUUCCGUAAGCUUUACAAUGAUACCAUAUUUAUCCUCCUACGACCACUCUCUUCUGCGUUAGAGCGCAUCAUCUUGAGGUGGCCGUUUUUUUUGACCGCCACUGUAGGUGAGAAAAACAUCGAUUUUAUUAUCGACCGGUCGAUUUUUUUAUUUUUUGGGGAUCUUUAACGAAUUUUGUGGUUUUUUUGUCUGCACAGUGCAAUAAAAAAAUAAAAAAUGCAGUUUUUUUCUGUAUUUUUCAAGGAAUUUUUGGGUAAAAUACAGAAGACGCUUUCGGCAAUUAAUUUUUCUUCCGUAUACAUCAAAAUCUUUUCAAAAAUUUAACCUAAUUUCAAAAAAUUUAGUGAUGUUUUUAUGUCCAAUAUCACUCCAGAACUCCAUAUUCGACUCGAGUAGUAUUUAACAGCAAAUCCCGAAACCGCUUAGCUUCCCGAUUUGCCCGCAGGGAAUUUCCGCCAAAAACGAUGAGAUCUUUUUUUUUACUCAAUAUGGCCAAAAGCGAUAUCCACGGACUUCUUUCGGGGAUUUUAAACGUCUUACUUUUGGCGGGGUUUCAUUUCCUCUCAUUUCGCGGGCCUAAGGGCAUGUUCUUGAACACAUUUUCAAGGACUUUCGAGAGAGAUCUGUAAGGCUUCAUGUAUAAUAAAGAAAAUGUAAAAAGAAGGAUUUUAGGGCGUUUAUAUUUGAGUUGCUACGUUUUAGUGACAGUAAUCGUAAUUUCUGCGUUUUAUAAGUUUUGAUUUUACAGUAAUUUUAAAUAAAAAAGUUGAAUUACAAAAAGUUUUUUUUCGAAAAAAUCUUCAAAAAUUUUGCCAAAUCAUCACAAAUUCCUAUUUCUAUCGAAAAAAAUCUAUUUACCCGGCUUUUCAAUGUCUAAAACAAUGAAAAAUGCAACAAAUGUCCUAAAAAUCAUCAGCACUGUGCGGGAAAACGAUUUCCCUUCGAAAGGAAGCACCUUUCGAACCGAGCCUCCUUAGCUCAGCGGUAGAGCGUUGGACUUUUAAUCCAACGGUCAGGGGUUCGAUCCCCCUAGGUGGCUUGAGUCUUUUUUUUGGGAUUUUUAUACAAAUUAUUGAACUCCCACUUAUAAACUGCGUAUUUUAAAUUUCUUUUGAGCUUAUAGGAUGGCAUUUUCUGAACCAAGAUUUCUGAAAAUUCCAAAAAAUCUGUUUGCACUGUGCAAAAUUCUUAUUUUAUAGAUUUUUUUCGCUCAGUGCGCCAGAGUUUUACGAUUUUAUUUUUUGUGAAAAGAAAAGGGAUAACUGGAAGUAUAUUCGUAUUUUACGAAGAGAUUUUUUUAUUCUGCGGUUGUAUUUUCCCCGGCUUUUCAAAAUUUUUCAACCUCCUAAUUAUCAAUUAGUAUUCCCGUCUGAAGCAAAACCUCUUUUCGGCCGAAAUUCUGCCCGCUCUUCUUUUGCAAUCGGCGACCACUUAAACGUGUUAUGAACCUGUGAAUGACAGGUUCACCCUUCAUGGCUGACAUUUUCUCGCAUUAAAACGGAUGGGGAGUAAGUUUAACAUUCCCUGAAAUUAAUGAUUUGUGGCUGCCUGAGGGCAUGACGGCGUCUUUAUUGUGGACGACCCUUGAUCUCCCACUUUUCAAGGGGGUUUCUUACUGUAACUUUUAGUUUUGUUAAUUUUUGGUAAUUUUUUUAAAAAAUAGCAAAAAAGUGCGACCGAAGAAUAAAAAUCUCCUUGUAAAAUACGAGUACACUUCUUGGGUAUCUCUUUUCUUAUUACAAAAAAAUAAAAUCGUUAAAUUUUGACGCGCUGUGCUGAAAAAUUCGUCCAAUAAGAAUUUUGCACAGUGCAAACAGAUUUUUUGAUAUUUUCAGAAAUCUUCGUUCAAAAAACGUGAUCCUAUCAGCUCAAAAAAUUUUUAAAUACGCAGUGUGUAACUGGGUAUUCGAUAAUUUGUAUAAAAAUCCCAAAAAAGUCUCAAGCCACCUAGGGGGAUCGAACCCCUGACCGUUGGAUUAAAAGUCCAACGCUCUACCGCUGAGCUAAGGAGGCUCGGUUCGAAAUGCGCUUCCUUUCGAAGGGAAAUCGUUUUCCCUCACUGUGCAGAUGAUUUUUAGAACAUUUUGUUGCAUUUUUGAAAGUUUUGAACAUUAAAAAGAGGUGCAAAGUCGGUUUUUUUGAAUUGAAUUUUUUUUGAUUGAAAAAUUAUUUUUAUUGCACUGUGCAAAAAUUUUGUUGCGUCUUUUUUUAAAAUCAAACAUUAUUUCCAAUAUGCUACUGCUCUACUACCACAUUUUACUCUCCAAAAAAUACCUGAGUGGUCAUUCCGAAAAUGUGCCCAUUGUUCCGCGCCCCGAGGGUAUUUAGCGAAAAACUUGCUAAAUACCUUCAGGGCUUGGGACAAUCUCCGGGAAAAAGGGGCCGGCAUUCAAGCGGAAAUCAGUGGGAGACCGGUGCUAAAGGUUUACGCAGAAAGAAAUAAUUCUUUCGAGAAUAAUAAUAAAACCCCCUCGGGGCACAAAAGUUAUUUUUUCAUUGAAAUUGCCCAAAAUUGGAGGCGCCGGAGGGGAGAAUUCGAUAAGUUUCCUACGUUUUAAGUCUAUUCCGGGCUAUUUUUGGUAGUAUUUUUGUGUUUGGAGUUUUGAGUUUAGCACUGUGCGGUUGAAAAAUUAAAUUUUGAUCGCACUGUGCGAGAGUUUCAUUUAAAAAAGUUUUUUUGUUUUUUAAGUGUAGUGUAGACCCAAGUCUGUCAUUGGCAACAAAAAUUAUUUUUCUAGCCUUUUUGCAGACCGCACUGUGCAGUAGGAAAUAAAUUUAGUUUGCACUGUGCGGUCAAAAAUUUAAACUUUGGCUGCACUGUGCGAUGCCUUGAAUGAAAAGUAUAUUUUUGGAUUUAGGGAUGUAGUGUAGACGCCAAUCUGUCAUUUGCAACAAAUUUUUUUUUGUCUAGGCCCUUUUAGGGCCGCACUGUGCGAUAAAAAUAGAUUCUGUUCGCACUGUGCAGUCUGAAGUUUAAAUUUGGGCUGCACUGUGCGGAAUUUUUCAAAAAUCUCUCUCUCUUCAAGUGUACGUAUUUUACAUUCAAUUAUCUUAUUAGAGCCCAUUUUUGGAGUCUUUUUCUCCUUUAUAAACUUCACUGUGCAAUCAAACUGAAAUUCGGUUUGCACUGUGCAGUUCGAAAAAAUUUUUGUUUUGUUGCACAGUGCGGAAAACCGAUCAAAAAUUUUUUUCUCUAUCAUUUUACAGUGAUGGACCUGAUGCAUUGGCAAAAAACGUCUCAUUUUGCAUCCAGGAAGUAUCAAAAAUGUGGCAAAAUGCCUCCCUCUCCAAGUGAAAAAACCUCGUUUUGAAGGGCGCGCCUUUGAAAUCGGAGUUUUUUCACUUGGAGAGGGAGGUAUUUUGCCACAUUUUUUGAUACUUCUCGGAUGCAAAAUGGCACGUGUUUUGCCACUGGAUCAGGUCCGCCACUGUAACUUGCCGAAACAUUCGAAUUUUUCAUCAUCUUUGACUCACCGGGACUCUUUUUUAUGUUUUUAUAAUCGAAUCCGCGGGAUUUUUAUGCAGAAAGAGCGUUUAGACGGGUUUCGGGGGGAAAAAAGAAAACAACUACUAUAUAAGAAAGAAGAGGAGUAACCUUUUAUAACUCGGCCAAUGUUUGCCGACUCUCGGCGAGUUUCGGAUAUUUAUUUUUUUGGAGAUUUUUUACUUUUUUUUUGGAUUUUUUUGAGACAGUGAAACCUCCAUGUAGCUAGGAGAACUUAUCAAAAAAUUUUUGAGAUCGCACAGUGCAAAAAAAAUAAUUUUAUUUCCGCACAGUGCGAAAAAUUUUUAUUUAUUUUUUUUUGAAAAGCACUAACUGUGGUUUUAAAAUUUCUAGGACUUGUCUCAUAAAGUUUUGUGAGCUGUUCUAACACUACUUUAUGACAUAAUGUAUCCAUACACCGUCGUAUUUUACAAAAAAAAUUUUAUUUCCAAAAAUUUUUUUUUCAAAUUUUUUAAUCCCGCGAAUUUUUAUCGCCUCUUUUAAUAUCUAAACUCACCACUAUUCAGUCCUCAACCCACUUCUUACUCUAAUUAUGGACCAUUUCUGCCGAAUUCUCAGGUGAUUUUUCUCUGCACUGUGCAGUGAGAGAAAAUCGAUGCGUUUCCAAUGGAGCCCACAACUUCAGCGACCAAAAACGAUGCCAAUCUACUCAACCACUCGUCAUAUCAAAGCCGGCAAGGCAAAAAGUGUUUUCGACCUUCUACACGAGAUUACUGUAACAAAAACGGUUACUGUAGCGACCCGGUGAUUAGCCCGAAAUCUCUCUACCUCCCGGUGAAUUGGUGUUUAAGAUGGACGAUAGUGAUGCUGCUGCCUUGUUUGACGAUAUCCAAGCGUCUGCAAAACCCCUUGGAUCCAUAUACGAUCGAGGGCAGGGCGCAGGUCGAAGCCGAGCUGGAAGAGGAUUUGCGUCGAGAAUUUGUGAGAUCCUCACAUGUGCGAAAAGAGGACAUGGUCUACAAAUACCCCAAGAAAAUGUUUAGUAAGUAG